AUGUCUCCCGCGAGUUCUUGGUGUGGCGAUCAUGGCUCCAGAGAGCAUAAAAUCGACAUCAUGGGUGCCGGUGGCAGAAUGACGGAGGAGCGGGAGAAGCAGGAGCUGCUCGGACGCACUAUUGCCAGUGAGAUCUUCCAGCAUGCGACGACGGACAAGCCGACAUUCACGCUGGCCCAGAUCAAGGAGGCAAUCCCUCCUCACUGCUUCCAGUGCUCGUUGAUCAAGUCCUUCUCCUAUGUGGUCUAUGACCUCGUCAUCAGCGCGUCCCUCCUAUACGCCGCGUUGGUCUGGAUCCCAGCACUCUUGAGCAUGCAACAGCUGGGUGCCUGUCCUCUCUACUGGGUGCCUCAUUUUGAUUUUCUUACCUUGGUGGAGGGCUUCGACGAGGCAGACAGGUGGCGGGCGGCAACAAUAGGGGUUGGCGGAUGCUCCGAGACCAAUAGCCUACUUAGUGAUGGGAAGGAGGAUCCGACAAGUUAG